ACAGGCUCAGAAGGCAAGGAAAUAUAAAAAGCGUUAUAUGGUAGAGUUGGGACCUCAAUUUAAAAUAAUUUGUAUACAAGCACAAAGCUUUUCCCACUGCAAUGCAGCUGCUAUGAGCAGCUGCUGGAAUAAAAGAGCGUUAUAUUUCCCCGAUUCAGUCCUUUCCCAGGUACACCACGGAGGGACAGUUUGAUUAGACUAGGGUAGGAGAGGGCCUGCCAAGUGGGUGAACUCGCACGCGGCUCUCCCCUUCUGCGCAUGCGCAGGGGAGGACCAGCUUCCGGAAAGACGCCUGGGACUCUGGGUUUGCGCAGUCGCAGAGCUUCCUCAAGGCGGAACAGGGGCGUUAGGACCUUCAGCAACUUAAACACCCGGUGUAAAAGGAGGGCGGCAGCCGCGGAGCAGGGCGCAUGCGCGGGCAGCUUGCUCUCGUGAAGCGUUGAGAGCCGGACCGGGGCUGCCAGCUGGGCUCGGAGCAGCGCGGGGUCAGGAUGGAGGAGGACGUGCUGACCACCCUGAAGAUCCUCAUUAUUGGCGAGAGCGGCGUGGGCAAGUCCAGCCUGCUCUUGAGGUUCACAGAUGAUACUUUUGAUCCAGAACUUGCAGCAACAAUAGGUGUUGACUUUAAAGUGAAAACAAUUUCAGUGGAUGGAAAUAAGGCUAAACUUGCAAUAUGGGAUACUGCUGGUCAAGAGAGGUUCAGAACAUUAACUCCCAGCUAUUAUAGAGGUGCACAGGGCGUUAUAUUAGUUUAUGAUGUCACAAGAAGAGACACCUUUGUUAAACUGGAUAAUUGGUUAAAUGAAUUGGAAACUUACUGCACAAGAAAUGACAUAGUAAACAUGCUAGUUGGAAAUAAAAUUGAUAAGAGGCAAGUGCAAAAACCUGUGAUGGUGUACAGUGUGCCUUUGAGGAACUUGUUGAGAAGAUCAUUCAGACACCUGGACUGUGGGAAAGUGAAAACCAGAAUAAAGGGGUCAAACUGUCACACAGGGAAGAAGGCCAUGGGGGAGGAGCCUGUAGUGGUUACUGUUCUGUGUUCUAAACUCUGGGAAACUCUAUCUCUUGCAUAUUUGAUUAGAUAGUGACAUCUUUCUGUAUAUAAACUCUUUAACUGCUAUUUUAGGGACCUUGCAGUUUGCACAUACUUGUUUUCUAACAUGGCAGUAAAUAUUUGCAAGAAACCCCUCUCAUCGGCUUUCCCAGGUGAAAUGUUAAUGGUAAGCAUGCACAGUUUGCAGUCUGCAGUUUUUUAUGUAACAUAAAAGAGGUGUACCUUUGUAAGUACAUUUGAUUUUAUGAUUUAUGUUUAUCAUGUGAUUAAAAAACCCCACCCAUCUAGUAUAUGUUGAUAUAAGGUCUACUUUCAGUCUCCAUUUGGCUUAAAUACUCCUCUAUCAAUUACUGAAUUAACUGGUAUGUAGAACCCCUAGACCUGCUAGGAGAUAUACACAGGUAUCCUCCAACCUGGCAAAUGUCCUUUGAGAAAUAAACAAGAGCAUGAUUCCACAGCUUUUCCAGGAUAUUUGCUGACAGAUGCUCUUUUAGUACUAAGCAAAAUUCUUUUUACAGGAUGUAGUCCAGGCCAGUUUAUAAGUAAAUGUGUUUGUUCUGAUGAUGCUUCUAAAAUAUUAUUACCAUGUUAAAGAAGUUUGGUCUUACUUUCUAAUUUACUUCAGUGAGUAACUCAGUUGCUUAACUAGAGUUUUAAUUCUGUGACAUGUACAUUGGAGUCAUGACCCUUUGUUUAGUAUUUUUAGUUAUGUAGUGUUUGGCAGAAUGGCGAUAAAGUUUUCAUUUUGGUUUCUGAAGGACAUGAAAGUGUUUAUAUAACUCAUGUAGUACUUACCACUUUUAAAACCAACACCUUUUUCCAUAAAUGUUGGUGGUGUUUGUCCAGGUACCUCAAUUGUAGCUUCUGUAAUGUUUAUGAAUAUCUGUAUCUUACACUUCCAUAAAUGGCUAGUUGAUAUUCAAAAACUUAUUUCUGUGUUUUGAGUGUUGGGUUAAAAAGAACACUAAGUAAACACUAAAUGACACUUUGAGAGAGGUAUAUUGCUUCCAGAUUUUGACGUGUGUGGGAAAAGACUGUUGCAAUGAAAAUCUUGGUAAUUUACUGUAACAAGUAGGCAAUAAUCAUCACAACCAACUUGUACAGACUAAUGAAUCUUUUCCACAGUAGUCAGUUUUCUAACCUCUUGCUAUUGUACAUUAUAUGUCUUUUUUCACUCAUGUUAUUUAAUUUACCUUGAUCUCUGCUAUUUUAAAACACCAAAUAAGUAAUUUGUCCUUUUAGACAAGCCACUAUAAUACCUCUUAGUAAGAUUCUGAAACUGAUUUAUGAGCAAUUUGUUCUCUGUAUACAGUUGCAAAUGAUAAACAUCUUUGUCUAUCACCUUUACAGUAUGUGUGAUAAUCAAUCUAUUUCAAGUUGGGGUCUCUGUGAAAUGUACCUCUUCCCAUAAAAAAACUUUACAUUCUUACUUGGUUCACACUUGUUAGACUACAUUAUGUGUAGUUAAAGGUUUUAUACAUUAUGUAUGUUGUAACUAAAUAUUAAACACUUAAACUACUUUAAUGUUGGAGAAAGGUAGCUAACACAUGUAUUUACGAAAUCAUGUUUGUGUUACAUUCAAACGUAGGUUUGUAUUACUUAGUGUCUGUUGACAAGAUAUUUCUGUUUAUUGCUCUUUGCUCCUUGGUUUACAUAAUUAUCUUUCUGUGCAUUGGAUUGUUGUCUUGAUUUGGUCAGAAUUUGGAUACAUAUGACUCACCUAACUUUUAAAACUUAAUUUUUUUUGGUAGAUUUAUAUUGUAACCUUUUAUAGUUUUUUAAUAAACAUAGCCUGCUUUCCCUAAA